AUGUCCAGCGGCUCCCCGUCGUUCGAUGUCCUGCGACGGGCCGCCGACCAGCUCCAAGGCAGCAAUCUCUCAUCAUCAAAAGUCUUGAGCUCACUCUCCCAACAUUUGCCUCCGUCUUUUACAUGGAGUGAGCUUGCCAGAGAGUUGGCGCAACCAGAAGACCAGGAUAAACCGCACUAUGUACUUGCUUUGAGGGCGUCAUUAGAGGCGGAUCCAAGCCGAAUAAAGCCGUCUGGCAAGGACAGCGCAAAGGACGCUGUAGCCCGCCGGCAGAUUUGCCGGUUUCUUGCGCGCAUGUUGACGCCCAUCGACGACGCCACAUACGACGCCGAACUAACGCCUGGCGAGCACACAAGUGGCCAGCGAGACCAAAUAGCGCGCAGGUGUAAGUCGGUGGCCGACGAUGGGCUGGCCGUCUUGGAGCGUGUCGGAUUGCCUUUGGCGGACGAGACGGGGCACGCAAAUGAGAAGAGCGACGAUACAGCCGAGGACCAUGCGCAAACUCUCUACACGAUUACAGCACUCGCCGACGCUGGCCAGCCUUGGACGACAGACACUGCCGCUGCCAUGGCAUCGAGGCUACUCACCAAUCAUUUUGCUAAUGCGGACAGCAAAAAGAGCGAGUGGAUUGCCGACGGCAUCUUGAAGCAGUAUCUGCGGCCGCUCUUUGCACGGUCGCGGCCGGCCACGGUGACCGAGUCUGGGCGCAAGGCCGCGUUCGCGAGCAAUACGGGUGGCAGCAGUACCAGCACCGCUCCGCACGACACGACGACAAAUCGGGAAUCGCACCAGGCCAAGCCCUGGAAGUACGUGGACAUGCGCGCCAUCUCCGUUUUCGCCUGGGCCGUUCACGAAGCCGACGGGGCGCUGGUGCGCACCAACUGGCCACUGUUUGUUCCGGUGCUGCUCGCGCUUGUCGAGGACGCAGACACACCUGUGCGCGCGCGGGGAUUGGGCCUUCUGACAGAAUUUGUCGCGGUGGUGCCCGAUGGCGGCGGACUGCUGCAUUCGACCGGGCUGGACAGCGUGCUGGCCGACGCCGUCUUCCCGACACUUUUGUUUCUGCCACGAUUGACCCCGGAGAACGAGUCGCUGCAGCUGUUGGGCCCGGCAUAUUCGGCCCUCCUCAGUUUGGCAAAAGCAGCGGGUGCUGGCUCAAACACAAGCACGGCCGUCGCAAACAAGGGCCUACCGCCCAACGCCGCCGCAAUCCUGCUGGACCGCAUUCUGCGUGAAGGCAUCUACGCUGGCUACUUUCAUGCAAGCGAACACAUCCACAUUGUAGAGGAACUCAUGCGGCAGGCGGGACGCAUCGUCGAGGCCAUGGGCAUCUACGCUGUGAAACAUUUAAAGACACACACAAAGGACCUCAUGCCCAUGUACGCCGCGGUCCUCACGGACCCCUUUGCCAUGCGUUACAAGCCGGCCGUUGCUGCGACCCUGGACGCGCUGCAGACGACUCUCACAAUGUGCUGGCCGCGACUGGUCAGGACGCCCUGGCAAGAAGAGACGCUCAAGAUGCUGAUGCUGUGCUGGCUGCAUGUGGUGGAAGAAGAAGACGGCCAAGGGACGAAGGUCAAUGACAAAAAGGAGACGGCCGGUCUCAAGGUGCAACUCGUGCGCGCCGCCAACACGUUGUUAGCCAUCUUCAAGGCAGCCGGUGUGGAUAUAAACGCCGCUGUCAGGCCUCUGGUUGAGAGCGAGAACCGACUCGUGCCUUUGUUCAGGAUAGAGUAG